GUGCGCUGAUCCUCAGUCGGUGUGUGAGGGAACAGACGAAGUAGAGACCUGCACAUAAACAGACACUCUCGCUUACACACACGAACACACACACUCUCUCUUUCUCGCUCCAUCUCUCUCUCUCUGUCUCUCUCUCUCGCGCGCUGCAUGGAGCGAGAGGGGGGACUGGAAAGGAAGAAUGAGGAAGAAGUCCGCCUUGCUGCGCGCCUCGUCCCAACAAAUGCGGGUUUGCUGAUGAAGCACCGCGCCGGUUAUCCGAUCAUACAGGUCGCGCUGCAUGGAAACGAGGAGUAGGCAACAGCAGAAAACAACAGCAACAGAUAAAAAACUGUCAGUACAUGGGAAUCCGGACACCUCUCCCUUUCCUUUUUGCGUCUCGGUCUGUGGAUACGCCGCUUUGGCUGGCGUAUAAGAGCUCCCUGCGUCUCCAUUUCCAUUCCCCACUACUGGCUUACCUCUACUAGCCUACCACUCCUCCUCUUACUCCUUGUACUGCUAGCUAUAGUCCCGCUUUUACUACUGACUGUCUUCUCCGUAUUGUGGACUCUCUCUGGAUAAAAAGGUUCAACAUCCUCAUUAAUUAGUUACCUCACAGUACUGGUUUGGGCGUCAACAUGGGUCGCUGGGAUCACUCCUCCCUCCUGUCCCCUGCCCUGAGGCUAGCUGUCGUCACUGUUAUUCUCCUCCUCGAGCUCCAUCCUUCAUUGGCUGGCGCUCCCCCUGAGCAGAGCUUGGGUGGCUCCGUUUCGGCGGUAUCAACUAAUAAAACUGAAUGCAGCAAAGCUGAGGCAUGCCAAAAGGGCGUGAUCCUUCCUAUUUGGGAGCCCCAAAACCCGUCAUUUGGUGACAAAGUGGCCCGGGCAACAGUUUACUUUGUGGCUCUGAUCUACAUGUUCCUGGGUGUGUCAAUCAUCGCAGACCGUUUUAUGGCAUCAAUAGAGGUCAUCACGUCACAGGAAAAGGAGAUCACCAUCAAGAAACCCAACGGGGAAACCACCACCACCACGGUUCGGAUCUGGAACGAGACUGUCUCCAAUCUCACCCUCAUGGCUCUGGGCUCUUCGGCUCCUGAGAUCCUGCUGUCCGUCAUAGAAGUCAUAGGUCAUAAGUUCCAGGCUGGCACGCUGGGCCCCUCCACCAUUGUGGGCUCUGCGGCGUUCAACAUGUUUGUCAUCAUCGGGCUUUGUGUGUAUGUCGUGCCCGACGGCGAGACAAGGAAGGUCAAGCAUCUCCGCGUCUUCUUUGUCACGGCCACCUGGAGUAUCUUCGCCUAUAUUUGGCUCUACCUGAUCCUGGCCGUGAUCUCGCCUGGUGUUGUACAGGUGUGGGAGGGGCUGCUCACGUUCUUCUUCUUCCCCAUCUGUGUGUUGUUUGCCUGGGUGGCCGACCGCCGUCUGCUGUUCUACAAGUACGUGUACAAGCGCUACCGCACUGGCAAGCAGCGUGGGAUGAUCAUCGAGACCGAGGGAGACCGUCCACUUCCUUCCAAGGUGGACAUUGAGAUGGAUGGGAAGAUGCUGAACUCUCAUGGUGUUGACUUCCUGGAUGGUACGCUGGGUUUGGAAAUAGAUGAGAAGGAUCUGGAUGAGGAGGAGACCCGGAGAGACAUGGCUAAGAUCCUGAAGGAGCUCAAGCAGAAACACCCUGACAAGGAGGUGGAACAACUCAUUGAACUGGCCAACUACCAAGUCCUGAGCCAGCAGCAGAAGAGCCGCGCUUUUUAUCGAUGCCAGGCCACCCGGCUGAUGACAGGUGCUGGCAACAUCCUGAAGAAACAUGCCGCCGAUCAGGCUCGAAAGGCCGUCAGCAUGCAGGAGGUUCGCGCUGAUGCUGGUGAUAACGACCCCAUCUCUAAGAUCUUUUUUGAGCCCAGUUCUUACCAGUGCCUUGAGAACUGCGGCACAGUGGCGGUGAACGUGAUGCGACGUGGUGGCGAUUUGGGCAAAACCAUUUCUGUGGACUACCGAACAGAAGACGGCACCGCCAACGCUGGCUCGGACUACGAGUUCACUGAGGGCGUGGUGAUCUUCAAGGCUGGUGAGACAAUGAAGGAGAUCCGUGUGGGUAUCAUUGACGAUGACAUCUUUGAAGAGGAUGAAAACUUCCUGAUUCACCUUUCCAAUGUCAAGGUGUUGACAUCAGAAGGCGAGGAGCCCGAGGAAGGCGAGUCAGCUAAUCACGUGGACUCGAUAGCGUGUCUCGGCCUACCCUCCACAGCGUCCGUUACCAUCUUUGAUGACGACCACGCCGGCAUCUUUACGUUUGAGGAGCCUGUAUUCCAUGUGAGCGAGAGUGUUGGCACCAUGGAGGUGAAGGUGCUGAGAACGUCGGGGGCUCGUGGCGUGGUCAUGUUGCCGUUCAAGACAGUGGAGGGAACAGCGCGAGGUGGCGGAGAGGACUUCGAAGAUGUUCACGGCAUCCUGGAAUUUCAGAACGACGAGAUCUUGAAGACCAUAACCAUUAGGAUCUUAGACCGGGAGGAGUACAAUAAGCAGUCCUCCUUCUACGUUCUGCUUGAAACCCCCCAAUGGAGACGCAGCGAGAAGGAACGGACAGAGGAACAGCUGAAAGAAGAGAGGGAGGAAGAAGAGGCUCUGACGGGAAAAGAUGAAGAGGAGCAGCGCAUUGCUGAUAUGGGCCGUCCCAUGCUGGGAGACCACGUCAAACUGGAGAUCAUCAUAGAGGAAUCAUAUGAGUUCAAGAACACAGUGGACAAGCUGAUAAAGAAGACCAACCUGGCUCUGCUGGUAGGAACCAACAGCUGGAGAGACCAGUUCAUAGAAGCCAUCACUGUGAGCGCAGGCGAGGAUGAUGACGACGAGGAGUGCGGGGAGGAGAAGCUGCCGUCAUGUUUCGACUACGUCAUGCACUUCCUCACCGUCUUCUGGAAGGUUAUGUUCGCCUUCGUCCCACCCACAGAGUACUGGAACGGCUGGGCCUGCUUCGUCGUCUCCAUCUGCAUGAUCGGACUGCUCACCGCCAUGAUUGGGGACCUGGCCUCUCAUUUUGGCUGCACAGUGGGCCUGAAAGACUCCGUCACAGCAGUAGUAUUUGUUGCAUUGGGAACCUCUGUACCAGAUACCUUCGCCAGUAAGGUCGCUGCUACCCAGGAUCAGUAUGCAGAUGCAUCCAUUGGUAAUGUGACAGGCUCCAACGCUGUUAAUGUUUUUCUAGGCAUUGGGGUGGCGUGGUCCAUCGCUGCCAUCUACCACAAUAGCAGGGGGGAGGAGUUCAGGGUGGAUCCUGGCACGCUGGCCUUCUCCGUCACGCUCUUCACCAUCUUUGCCUUUAUCGCCGUCGGCACGCUGAUGUACCGGCGGCGGCCAGAGAUCGGUGGAGAGCUGGGAGGGCCCCGGACAUCGAAGGUCCUGACCUCCAUGCUGUUUUUUAGCCUGUGGCUCCUCUACAUCCUCUUCUCCUCACUGGAGGCUUACUGCCACAUCCAGGGCUUCUAAGAUGACAGGAGAUGACGAAGAGAAGGGUGGGACAGAAGGAGAACAUGGAGCAAAAAAACCAAGGGAAGGUGGAUGAAUGGAUGGAUUUGGAAAAUAAAGCAGUCUCCUUGAUCGAUCACUCCCUCCCUUUACGCAAUAGAUUAAAUGACGGAUGAAUGGAUGGAUGUAGAGAUGAAGAAAUGGAGGACACAUUAAAGCAUCUAAAAUCAAAAUGGAAGAAAAAAACAGAUGCUUGAAAGGACGACGGCAAACAGGAAAAUCAUAGGAAUAUGGCAGAAAAAGGAAUAAACUAAGGAAUAUGUUUUUUUUUGUCUUUAUCUAUAAAUCCAAACCAAUCAAGUUGUCUUAAACCCACCCCCGUUUUAAAUAUACUAAAACUAAUCCCCAACACACACAAUUUGUCUCGGCUGGUUCAACCAUACAGAAAUGAAGAAAAUGAGUUUUAACAAAACGAGGAGUGGAAUGUUAAACUAGACCGACACACAGCUCCUAGGUUGUGUGGCUUCAUCAACAGCCAUCCCAUUAAUCCUCCUCCAGUUGGAGCAGGGCUACUCCCCCGUCAAACUACAGUAACAGGCCCGAGUGAGACAGAAAAGGACAGAAUAACUUUAUCAGUAUGUACAUGCAUGACCAGGCGAUACCGAAAACACAAUCAGAAGAAACCGGAUAUAUUGCCACAACUGUUAAAUGACAACAAACUGUGUGUGUGUGCUGGUGUGUGACUGUGUGUUUCUGUGCUUGUGUGUUGUGGGAAGAUGGUCAAGUACUGUGAAAAGAAUCGCCUCUCGUUUUGCUGUCGCUGCGUGCGAUGGUAUAUGCUUUCGUAUUUGAGAUCUUUUUGACUCCCACUCUGCCAGCCUGUAGAAAUGCUGUGUAAGACUCUUUUGCGGGAAGGCCCGUUCAAUGAAAUGAAAUGUUUUGAUCACGGAGGUUUGAAAUGUAAAUACAAAGAGCUGAACGUACAUUACAGCUCCACUAUUUUCCUUCUGAAUGUCUUGGUUACGCCAUGUGCUCCUAAAAGGGCCCUCGUUCUGUUGCUUUAUACAGUAGAUGUAAAUGAUUUAAGGUCUAAUUUGAAUCAAGAAAGGGUUAGUGUGCUUUUACCUUUAAUAAGGCCAUGUCUGAGAAGACAGAAUGGCCACUCUACCGUUUAAAACUGUUAGAGAAACUAUUAUCAUUGCAUAUAUAUCUAGGUUACUCUUAUGUGUUUUUUUAAACUGUGGAAUUCUGUUACCUGGUUUUCCACCUAUGAGAUUCCCACCAUCAUGUUUCAGUUGUAACAUUGCAAUAGACUUUGCAAACGUAGGUACCGUCCUCUGUGAAACCUCAUAGGCUGUCCGUUUCUUAACUGCCUCUGUCAUUGUUUUUCUCACUUUGAUGCCGCUUUCCCAUCGGUUCGCUCAACAGCUUGUGUCAUCAUCCCUGUGUCUCUUAAGUACCUCCCCCUGGCUGGUCAGUGGACCAAUCCAAAUCCUCAAGGGCUUUGUAAGAAACAACCACUAAUCCCUAACCCUGACCCUUGAUUUAUGAUUCUUCGCGUAGAUUGGUCUUCAGGGGGCUAUUUAACAGAGAUUUCUAUUCCGUAACAUUAUGCACCAACUGCCCAGAUGUAAGAAUGCUUCUUCAGUGUGGCUUUCAAAGGAAAAAAAAGACUACAUGACAGCUUCAUUGAGUGCAGAAUUAUCAAACCAAGUAGCCAGAGUUACCCUAAUAUUGGCAAAAACGACCUGAUGAUCCAAAGUAAUCGGUCAGACAAGGCUUCAACCUUUCUUGGACUUUUUCCCAGUUCAAAGACUGCCUAUAAAUUGCAGUCAGCCUUAUUCCAAAUUCCAUCCAUGCAAUGUUCUUUCCCGGGCCGUCUCCACUCUGCUUCUUAAAUAUACUACCCUUCAGGCAAGUGGAUCAUGAAGGCCUUAACCCAAAGGAAGCAAAGAACGUCUGACUUUAUAUUGUUUCCUUAUUCAAGGGCAAGUGUUUGCUCUUGACGGAAGAACCAAAAUGUAAUCUACGUGAUUCAUUGCUUCACGCCAGUCCUUGGAAAUCAACCAUUGACACUUUACUUCAGCAGCAAGUUUUCAGUCUUAACAUAUAAGCCAUCAGAUCAGGAAUUGAAGUAUUUGCUGUUGUUGGAGAAGUAGGCCUACUAAUAGAUAUGGAUAAAUACUGUAGGAACAUCUUGCUUAGAGUACAUCUAAACUCAGACAAACAGGCGCUGUUUAACAAGCUCACAGACGUUUGGAGACAAUUGUUUAUAAUAAAAAAAUGGGAUAAUGAAAUUUUCUUUACACCCUAUUAAAAUGUCUUCCCCUCUAGGACCUGUAUCACAAAGUGAGUUCAGCUCAGUCAGGCUCUCUCUGGGUUAAAUAGGUGAUUCUGGAUAGCCAGUCUUGAGUUCAUAACCAUGACACGUAACAUUAACAUAUCAAAAGGACCAUGUUUAAUAUGAGAUGUUAUACUUUAUUUAGAAUCAUUAUCUGAUUAAUAAUAGUAAUAAUAACAAUAAUAAUAAUACAUUUUAUUUAAAGGCGCCUUUCUUGGCACUCAAGGACACCGGGAUACAUAAGACAUUUAAAAGCAGCAAACAAUAUAUAAAUAAAAAUAAAGAAUAAAACAACAAUAGAAACAACAGAAAGAGGCAGAGCAAUUAGGUAUGCAAAAAGAUUUUCUAUUCACAAAGACACCUUAUGCUUUCACCUCAUGGCACUAAUGGAACUAGAGUGCAAAGAAUAGUUAUCGGACCAAUCACUGUUGAGAAUCAGGACAAGACAGGAAUUAAAGAAUUUUAGCACAAUAUAACAGUAAAUUAAUUAUUAAAAAUAUGUGGUCAACUAGCUUCCAGCUUUAGGUCAAAAGUCCUGUUAUAAAGCCAGAGUAGACAUUUCCUUUUUCUCUAAUUAUCAUUGAUUCUACUGGUGUGCAAACAUGUUGCUCUGUGCUCUUUAUUACUUCUGUUUUUUAUGGUACAGUGCUUUAGUCUAUUUUAGUUACUUAUGUGCAGCAUAAGUUGCCAUGUUGAUCCAGCCCAAUCAAAUGUGAACCAUUCAUGAUACCAGAACGCCUUGGUUCAGCUCAAAAGUGUAACUGACUAACCACUAAUCUCACUUUAUAAUACAGGCAAUAAUAGGUUCUAUAAUCAAGUUAUCCAGCGUCAUGUUAUUAACACACACGUCGUCUCAGCCCUCUUUUAAAUGAAUUUUGAGCUUGAAUUUUACCAGGAGAUUUUCAUUUAGAAAACUGCGCCAAUGGCUUAAAAGGCAACUAAGGGUUCUGUAAACAAUAAGUGUGCUGUUUCAGGACACAAGCUACCAAACAGGAUCUCAAGCAACAGCUGAGCUUCUUUGGAAACCCUUGUUAAGUGCUGGGCUAGCUAGUAAACAUGUAUCAAUUAAACUGCAAAAGCAACAAACGGACAAAGUGACCCAAACUUUAACUGGCUCGGAAUCUUCUUUCAUUAAUAGACAGACAAGAUAUAUAUGCUGAAAACAUUUCUGGCCAAACGAAACAUAUAAAAGGGGCUUAAAAUCCUGUCCUGAAAUAUGUGUAGAAUAUAAAUCGUCAAGCCUAUCUCGACUGAGUGGAGAGGUUUACACUUCAGACUGUUAACUAUUUUACUCUAAAACCACAGAGAUCUCAAAGUUCACAAAACCUACUGUAUAAGUAGGCAUUCUAAAAGUCCAUAGUUUAUUGAAUGGCACUAUAUGCAUCUGAAUUGGCCAUAAUUUUCCUGCUGAUGUUGUGUUUUUUACUUGAUGUAUAAUAUUAUAAGUAGUAUUCUAAAUGUCAUCUGUAAAGUAAGUAGUCGGGGCUAGUUGUAAUCCAUUUAAAACUUGGCAAAAAUCUUGUCACAGACAGCUUGCAAUCCCUGUGAGAGAGUAGAGCUGAGCCGAGCCUUGGAUUGGAUGAGUUUGGCAAAUUCACAGUGUCUUGAGGACAAGUUAUAUAUAAAUAAAUGUUAUAGGUUUUAUAACCUGGCAUAUAUUACUGAUUCACCAAAUGAUUCACCUGGAAUAUAGCCUAGAAAUCUAGACGCACCCUAGCGGCAGCAAAUGUAAUUUGCAGCCAGCGUCGUCUAGCAACUCGCCGUUGGCUUGCGAGCUGGAAAAACCAAACUCUAGUCAGGC